UUGACUCCAAACUAACUUCAUUCAUAACACAGGCUGCUGGAUCCCUCCAAGCUUACAUCAAUGAAAAAUCCACACGCAGCCUUGCACUGAGAGGGAGGGGGGGUUCAGACUCAAGUCUCCAGCCUUCAUGUCAGCUACCGGCAGAAAUGAGUAGAGUACACAGCAGUCAAGGCAAGCGUGUAGCCCUUCCUUUCCUCACCUGGCUGGUAUUCCUGAACAUGACCAUGGCAGUUUUCUUAGAGUGUCCUCGGUGGCUUGACUGCACCCUCAGAUUCCGACAGCAGUGUUUGCCCGGGUCAUAUGACUGUGGCCCCUGCCUACAGCAUUACCAGGAGGACAAAAAUGGAAGAUGCACACUGAAGAAAUUGCAGAACUAUGGUGGAAACCGAAGACACAGAGGUGGAAAAUACUUAGCUACGAGUCCAGAUGAGGCAAUUGACCUAAUUCAGUCCAUAUUUGCCAAAACAGUGAAGAUGAUACAGUCUAGUGAAACAGAACAUGCUGCUGUUAAUCGAUACAAAUCCACCUCCAGACCAGAUGUACAGCCCCAUAUCCCUUCUUCUUCAGAACCUCUGGAUACUGUGAAGCAUUUGGAGGUCACAUCAGCCACAAUCUCCACAACAGCUACAAUUAAGGUCAGCAGCAUUUCCAGCACAGAAAUUGAUUAUCACCCGUUACCAACAAAUGAAAGAAGGAAUGGUUCGCCUGAAGCCCUUGAUGAGACUGUUUCAUUAACUUUGGUGAUUAUAUGUUCCAUCACAGGAAUGUCCGGACUGGUUGUGGCUGCACUGUGCUGGUACAGAUUACAGAGAGAAGUGCGUUUGGCCCAAAAGAUUGCUUACACUGCAUACAGAAGGAAUCAGCAGCCGACUUCUACAAUGCCUGCAGACACAAGGUUAGCUGCAUCCAUGGAAGUCCACCAUUUUCAGAGCCAGAAGAAAAAGAUUGUGGCAAUGGAAGAAGGAGUCCCAAAGCCUGAAAAACAGAUGUCUACAGACUCAGAGGCUGAAAAUGGUGACUACACAGUAUACGAGUGCCCUGGGCUGGCACCAACUGGAGAGAUGGAAAUCCACAAUCCUCUGUUUGACACAUCUGUCCUCCAUGGCACCUCUUACACUGCUCCCAAAUAGCAUACCAUCCAUGUGAACAAGGCAUACUAACCAGUGUGACUGAUAGCUUAAAACUGAAUUUCUGUGUAGCAGUGGGAAACAGUUCUGUUUUAAAUAAUAAACUCUCAGCCUGUGUAUAACA